CCUGAGCUCAAAUGAUCCUCCCGCCUCAGCCUCCCAAGUGCUAGGAUUACAGGCGUGAGCCACUGCGCCCGGCCAUGGGUAGGUUUUUAUAGGUACUGCAGUGAAUGAAGACGGUGACAGUAGAAUGAGCAAAGAAAUUUGGAGACAUGAACACUCAAUGGGGGACGGUAGCUGGCCUGUCUCUCUCGGGAGGAGACUUUGGAAUCUGCAGGCGGACCCGACCUUGGGCGAGACCAGCCCACUCUCUCCCCCUGCUCCUGGGCUGCGGGGCAUACAGGUGGGGAGCAAAACAUCACAGAAACAGAUGCCUUCUAUAAAAGUAACAGCGAAAUGUUCGAUCCGGCCGAAGAGUACAAAAUGGACCACAAGAGGAGGGGAAUCGCUUUAAUCUUCAACCACGAGAGGUUCUUUUGGCACCUAAUGCUGCCGGACAGGCGGGGCACCAGCGCUGACAGAGACAACCUCACCCGCAGGUUUUCAGACCUAGGAUUUGAGGUGCGAUGCUUUAAUGAUCUCAGAGCAGAAGAACUACUGCUCAAAAUCCACGAGGUGUCAACUGCCAGCCACGCCGACGCCGACUGCUUUCUGUGCGUCUUCCUGAGCCACGGUGAAGGCAAUCAUGUUUAUGCCUACGACGCCAAAAUCGAAAUUCCGACGCUAACUGGCCUGUUCAAAGGAGACAAGUGUCAAAGUCUGGUUGGAAAACCCAAGAUAUUCAUCAUUCAGGCGUGUCGGGGAAACCAGCAUGACGUGCCCGUCCUGCCUUUGGACGAAGUGGAUCAUCGGACAGACACGCUGGAGGCCAACGUAACGGAGGUGGACGCGGCCUCAGUUUACACACUGCCUGCGGGGGCCGACUUCCUCAUGUGCUACUCCGUUGCCGAAGGCUACUAUUCGCACCGGGAGACGGUGCUGGGCUCGUGGUACAUCCAGGACCUGUGUGAGCUGCUGGCGAGGUACGGCUCCACCCUGGAGUUCACGGAGCUGCUCACGCUGGUCAACAGGAAGGUGUCUCGGCGCCGCGUGGAGGCCUGCAGGGACCCGGACGCCAUCGGGAAGAAGCAGGUUCCCUGCUUUGCCUCUAUGCUAACUAAAAAGCUGCGUUUCCUUCCAAAGUCUAAGUAAUUCCCUUUUUCUGGAACUAAGGAUCACUACUAGGUUGAGCCACACGGUCCAGCAAUUUAAAAUAUUUUGAGGCUUAAUGCCCAGCAGAGAACUGCCUUUUUCCCCACUUAAUGGUUCAUGCUGGACAGGGUGAAGGGUUGAUAUGUAGAAACAUAAUCCUCAGAAAAUUGUAGUCUUUGAUUUUUUUUUAGUAAAAUGUCCGGCUGAUUUAACUUGUAUUUUAUUACCUUUUUUAUAAAAGUUUAU